ACCUCGUGCGUGCUAGAACCCAAGAGCGCAUCGUUCCCAAGAGAGGAAACAAGAAAAAACGGAACAUAUAGAAAAAAAUCAAUCUCAAGUGAAGUGUGUCAGAAUCAAAGAGAUUGUCUGUUUGUGUGUGUCAUCGGGAUAAUUUGUAAUAUUUUUUUUUUAAAGUCGUCAAGUGAAAACAUAUUGAAAAUGCUUUCCAUGCAAGAACUAAUGGAUAUGAGAAUGCAACAACAAUUGGCCCAUGAGCUAUAUCGUCAGCAGAUUAUGCAGCGUAUACCAGAUCCCUUUCCGGCUAUGUUGCCGCCGCCUUUCAACAUGCCCCAGCCGCAAAUCAUGCUGCCCAGCCGCCCCUCAUUGCCGGGCGUUGAAGCCAAACUGGAGAAUAACGAUCUGUGGCAACAAUUCCAUAAGAUCGGUACCGAAAUGAUCAUCACAAAGAGUGGCAGACGUAUGUUCCCUUCGAUGCGUGUCUCUUUGAGCGGUCUGGAGGAGGAGACCAGCUACUGCGUUUUACUCGAAAUGGUGCCCAUUGGCGAUUGUCGCUACAAGUUCUCUGGCUCCCAAUGGGUGCCAGCCGGCGGUGCCGAGCCCCAGAGUCCUCAGCGCAUGUAUCUACAUCCAGAUAGUCCGGCCACUGGAGCCCAUUGGCAAUCGCAGGCGUUGCUCUUCAACAAGGUCAAAUUGACCAAUAACACAUUAGAUAGCAAUGGACAUAUCGUUUUGGCCAGCAUGCAUAAGUAUCAGCCACGCCUACACAUCAUACGCAGCGGUGAACUAACCCAGUUGCCCUGGGCUCCGCAGCAGGCGUUUGUUUUUCCCGAAACGGAAUUUGUCGCCGUGACAGCCUAUCAGAACGAUCGCAUCACCAAACUGAAGAUCGAUAAUAAUCCAUUUGCCAAAGGCUUCCGCGAGUCGGGACAAUCGCGAUGCAAACGCAAGCUGACCAACACUAGCUCCAACAAUUCCUCCUCCCACUCCACUCUGGAGUCUGAUGGCGAUGAUGGCUCCAGUGUGAGCAGCUGUGAUUCGCCACAAGCCAAACGCCAGCGUCAGGACUGUGAGCAGGACUCGCAAGGACAUCAAUCGCCAAGUUAUUAUCAUCAGGCGUCCAGUCCUAUACCAUCCUCUCCGCCAGCAGCCGCCUAUCAUCCAGCCCAUCCGCUUAGCUAUGCCUAUUUUGCUGCCGCCAUGCCGCCAAUAAUGCCCCUGGCCACUCUCUACAACAGGCCGGCAGUUCCAGUUCCAGCAAUUCCAGCCUCCGAGCUGAUGUUGUCAGCUCCAAUCAGUCCCAUUGAGACACCAUCGUCGAGCGCCUCGAGCACUUCAUCGAAUACAAAUACACCGACAAGUUCCCCUCGGGCCACCACUUCCACUAAGCGGAAUAGUUUUAGCAUUUCAGCCAUUUUGGCCUAUUAAAUAAAUGGCCUAUAAUUCACUUUGUGGCCUUUGGUUGUGAUUUCAGUGUGCAGUAUCGUAACAAUUUAUACAUAUAUACAAACAAACAUACAUACAUUUUUUU